AUGCAGCACCUCCUCCUUACUGCUGCAGCUGUAGCUUCGCUCUUCGGUUCGGCUGUUGCAGCGCCAAAGAAUGGUUCAAGCGUCACGACAUCAAGUGGUACCUUGAUUGGUCACCCAUCUUCUAACAAAACACAUGUGACCGAGUUUCUGGGCAUCCGAUAUGCAGAGGCGCCAGUUGGCGAGCUGAGAUUUGCUGCGCCGAAGAAGUACGAUGCGCCAGUGGGAACCGUCUUUGAGGCAUCCGAUCCCCGUAUUGACUGUCCUGCUGUCAAGCCGCCAGUGUCGGCUUUCCCCAACUUCACACAACCAUCCGGUCUACGAGUAUGGAAGAACUUUGCAGCCCAGAACAAUAACUCCGUAUCUGAGGAUUGCUUGAAGCUCAAUGUUUGGACGGGAAGUGCUGGAGUGGUGCACGCGAAGAAACCAGUGUUAGUGUUUCUUCACGGAGGACGUUUCCAGAUUCCUGGUCCCCACUCUCCCUUUUACAACGGCCAGUAUCUAGCCGACGCUGAAGAUGUAGUCGUCGUGACAUUCAAUUAUCGAUUGGGCAUCUUCGGCUUUGCCGGUGCUCCUGGUGUUGAGAAAAACGCCGCCCUACGCGACCACCGUACCGCUGUCGAAUGGGUGCGCGACAAUAUUGCUGGCUUUGGAGGUGACCCUUCACGUAUUGUGAUCUUCGGGCAAAGUGCAGGCGGCGCCGCUGUCGACUACUGGGCGUACGCCUGGAAGAAUGAUCCAAUCGUUUCUGGCCUCAUUCCCAUGUCUGGAACUUCACUGAGCUUCAUCCCCAACACUGUGGAGUACUCACAAUCCAUUUGGUACAACGUAUCCCAGACCAUCGGUUGCGGCGGCGCGGCCAAUGACUCUGCUGCAGUCAUAUCUUGCGUACGUUCUGCGAAUAUGUCUGCUCUCCUGGCCGCCUCUGCGAAAGUUCCUGGUCUUCCCAGCGUGGGUCUGACCCAGGCGACCUUCCAUCCGACCGUCGACAAUAUCACGGUUUUCGAGGAUUAUCAAAAGCUCUCCGUGGCGGGUUCCUUCGCAAAGAUCCCACUCCUGGCUGGCAACGCUGACCAUGAAGACGGAUGGUAUCGUAUCUCCGGGUGGGCGGCCAAGCUGAACUUCACCAACGCCCAAUGGGAUCUGUUCACCCAACGUGGCUUCACAUGCCCGACUUCCCUUUCCGCCGCAUACAGGGUCCAGUAUGGCGUGCCGACCUGGCGAUACAGAUACCAUGGUGAUUGGGAUAACCUUCGUCUUUACAACGGCAGCGCAGGUCUUGGUCCUCAAGGAAGCGCGGCCUACCACGGCUCUGAUCUUGGCUUGGUUUUCGGCACCGCCCAGGACAUCUCUGGCCUACCCAACUCUGUUGCUGAGAACCAAUACACAAAGUAUGUCCAGGGCGCUUGGGCUGCAUUUGCCCGCGACUCGCAGAAGGGAUUGACCAAGUAUGGAUGGCCUAUGUACAACUCGGGCAAUGCCACACUCGUCGAACUGGCCUACAACAACGACCCUGUGCCUAAGUUUGUCGACCCAAAGAUCUACGACGCGUCGUGUCCUGCGAAGAACGAUCCGCUGCCUGGACGAGGUGCCUUCUAG